AUGGAUGCAGGAGUCCACCUUACAUCUAUUGGUAAACUGGUAACUGGUGGUACGGAAAUUUUCUUUGAAAUUCUCUCUGGAAUUCCCUCUCAUCUUUUCUCGCUGGAAUCCUCUUCUGGUGGCGCUACCAUUGAGGUUUAUUAUCACGAUCUCUCCGAAUGUCGUAAGGGUUUGUUCCCUUUUCGAUGGCCACUGCUCGUGACAGUCGUUGGUCAGAACUGUGGAAGCGUGGAGAUCAUUCUUUGGUGUGAUAUGUCUGCGAUCACGAUUAUUCCAUCUGGAAGGGAUGACGAUGGGGAUUUUUAUGUUGCCUUUACUGGUCUGUGGACGUAUCUGGUAUAGAACAACGGCGGUGGGCGGAGUGUGUGCGACGACGCGUGGGGUAAAUGCUACAGUUUGCAACAAGAUUAAUCAUUU